ACAAGGAUAUUUAUCAGAAAUUCAAGAGAAGAUUUUGUUCAAUUCUAACUAUGGACUGGAAAAUAUUAACCGUUUUCUUUGCACAGAUUCUAGGCUUGUCCACAGUGUCUGGUUCCUGUUACUAUAACUCGUAUACUACAUCCUACUCCUGUUACUACGACUACUAUGAUUACUACAAUAACUACGAUUACUACUACUACUACUAUUACUCCUCCUAUAGACUAAGUGCUGGAGCAAUCCUUGGGAUCAUAUUUGGCGCCCUCGCUGGAUUGGCCACGCUCAUUGGACUUAUCGUCUGUUUGUGUGUGUAUGUAUGCAAAAAAGCCACACCUAGACAGGGCACAGUUAUCUACUAUAAUACCAAUCCAAAUGCAGGAACAACUGUCUUGCAAACUAACCAGACACCAAUGCAGCCUUACAUUCAGCAAGGGUUUUACUCACCUUAUCCUGUUCAGAUGCAGGCAACUGGACAAGGCGUAGCUGCCUCUUUUGCGUCACCUCCCCAGUACAGUCCGCCACAACAAUCUACUGAAAAUCAAGUUCCGCCACCGAAAUAACAUUUUCCUUAGUGUGCUGUUUCAUCGACAUUGAAUAACACAGGUGAAAACUGAUAAACAAUCAGCUUUUAAGUAUUUUUUUUAAUUUUUAUUUUCUGUGUUUGUUACUUCUUGUUGUUUACAUCUUGGUUUGUUUCACUGACUGUUAAAUACAUUUUGUACAAACCGUUUAUAAACUAUAUAUGAACAUUAUUUAGUAAUAUGCAAUUGACCAAUACAUUUAUUAUUUAUAUACAGUUAUUAUUUUGUAUUCCAAAUAAAUACAUGUGUAUAUGUUA